AUGUCACAGGUGCCAGAGCGCAUCACGGGCACGCCCGCCGGCCAGCCCCGGCCUUCGGCCUCACCCCGGCUCAGCGACUCGCAGCUGCCCUGGUGUACUGGUGAAGGCUGGGCUAGAGGACGCCUUAAAAAGCCUCCGAGGACGUCCCUCAGAGAAAGGGCUGAGCGCAACCCGCCAAAACCGCCACUCACGGCCCGGCCCGCGCAGGCGUCGAGCUGGGCGGAAGUGUCCCACAGCGCCGCGGCUCACGGGCGCGAGGGCCGGUGGGCGGAGCCGGAGGGCGGCGCGGCGGGCGGCGGGCAGGUCCGGCAAGGCAGUCGCAAGCCCCGCCCCGAACGCCGCCCCGCCCCUGGCGCGGGCCUGACCCCCGUCCCCGGGGCGGGGCGGGGCGGCGGGCCGAUCCCGGAGGGGAUGAGCGGCGGAGAAAGGCCGGCAGCCGGUGGAAUCGCCAGAGGGGAAAACUGGAGACCGAAGGGAGACGCCGGCACCCGCGCCCCGCCCUCGCGCGGCACUGCGAGGGCAACGGGAAGAGUGAAGAAGCUAGGAGCUGCGGCGUGGGGUUCAGGCCGCCCCGUCCGCGCGGUGAGUUCUUCCCAGUGGUCUGCUGAUGAGGAGCCUCAUACACUCUUGGUUCCUGUGGGUCCAAGACGGGACAACGGAGAAAUAAGCCAUCCUGGUGCUCCUACUGGCAGUGAUGAUGGUGGCCAGCGUGCAUGGUGAAGAUCUGGAUGACAACGUAGUAGCAAAAGUGAUAGUGGGAUUCGCCCAAAUGAGGAACCUAACUUCUGUAACGGUUUGCCUACCUACCCCCAAGUCAGCUGAAGACACUCUACUGAUUUUUGUGCAGGACAUCAAUAUAUCGCUAGCCCUUGAGCUCACAUGGGAGCAAUUUAACAGUUAUAGCUGGAGGUUCAAAGAGGGCAGGGGAGGAGGCUAUACUUCUCUUGCCUACAGUUGGUCACCAGGUGCGGUAAAUGCUAGUUCGGUAUAGAACACCAGAUGUAAUUAUAUUCUCCAGCCUACCCAUGAGGCCACAGGGUGGAGCUGGAAUGGUACUACACCAUGCCCCGAAAUUCCAUGGGGGACUACCAAAUAUAGUGCUCGAUGGAACACUAAUGAACAUUCUCCUCAAAACACAAAGCCAUUAAAUGCCUCAUGGUGUAUCAAACACCCUGAACAGGAUAACAGUGAAUGUCCCAGUACAUGUAACGGAAACUCUUUUGACUGCCCCCUCAAGUGCGUGUGGGCUAGACACACCUGUGGACCUAGCUGAUAUGGAGAAAAAGAAAAAAUAAUACUGGCGGGGAAAUGUCUGCUCGGGAACUGUCAGGUGGAAUUUGGGUGCAAGGAUAAAAUGCCAUUACUGUGGCUAUAACCUCCCAUCCAAGAAGCUCUAAUACAAGGCUGUCUGUGUAGCAAUACUAGCUACUCACAACCUUUGGUCCUGAACUGGAGCGAGAGAGACUACUGUCGUCCCCUUACUACCAUACCAGGUUCAUGUCAAACAUCCAGCGUCUCAGCACACCCUAACUUAGUGUGGGCAUGUUCUGACGGCCACCUAUAUUCCCGACUAUAUCCAACCAUCCCAGGACUAGCCUGCACAUUAGAUGUGCUUUCUCUCUGUCCUGUUAAUUGGGAAGGACCUAUGCCAUACAAGUGGUGGGAACAUAGGCCAAGGGAUUUUCAGAAGGGAUGGCAGGAAGCCUCAACACAAGUCGGAUGGUGGAUGGAGUCAAUAUUUGGGCUAGGAAUUGCUCUGGUGUGAAACCGACAGAGCAUUCUAGAACUGGGUCUACAACUAUCAGCCUUAGCCAAUGCUGUGUCUGACAGUUUGGGGCUCUUGAACGAUCAGUUACAACAUACGAGUAAAAUGACCAUCCAAACCCGAGCCAUACUGGAUUUGAUGCUACUAAAGGAGAAAGGUGUAUGAAGAGUUUUGAACAUGUCAGUGGAUGACUGCUGUGUCCACAUUCCAAAUGUAUCAGUGCUGCUUCAGGACCAAAUCAACAAAAUGAAGAAAGUGGCAAAAGACUCAGAUGCAAAUGUUGCUGCACUAGGGACUAAUUGGCUGGGAAAGGUUUUUGGUAUGUUUGGAUUUUCUUUGUCGAGAUGGAUAACCAGCCUCUUCCAAUCUUUAACAAUGAUUGUAGUUAUGAUUAUUAUAAUCUGUAUUACAAUAAACUUUAUUAAACGCGUGGUAGUGAAAUCUG